AUGAAUCCUGCAAAUUCCAGGCGUGAGUCCCGACGUGAGUCCAGCCACCCUUCCAGCGGCACAACAUCUCAAUCUCAAUUCUUGGAUGCUCCCUCACACUCCGAGUCAAAGGAGUCUAUCGCCUCUGUUACGUCUCACAAGGGAUUUCCACUUAGCACCACACCAUCCAGUAAAUCUAUACAUACUGUUCAGAAAGAACAGCGUGCCAGCAAGUUACCACCAAAGAAGCCCACAGAGAGUCAGAAGAUGCCAACUCGCCAGCUAUCUAAGAAGAUCAAGUUACAUGCAUCCAUCAAAAAACGCGCUGAGGGCCGGACCAAGGUCCCAGAAAGAUUCAGAGACAGCUUCCAGCUUUUUGUCUUCUCAACUACUGGAAUGUUGAAAGUCUUGAGGAUGUGUAUUGUUGCGGCAUCGGUGUUUUGUUUCGUCAUUGGCGGCGCCCAUGAGAUGUUUAUAGCAAUCACGAUUCAGGAAACCUGCAUCGUCCUAUUUUUUGUCAUAAUAUAUUUGGUAACCCUUCAACACUUGCUGAUCUGUAUCCACUGGCCUUUGCUUGAUUUUAUCAACAGUUUAAUCUCAGCUGUGUUCCUUGGAGUAGUUGCCCUGAUAACAAUUCAAGAAAAACAAAGAAGGCAUUUGUGUUUUAUUGGAGGGAUCCUGUGCCUCUCGGCAACAAUCCUGUGUCUCAUCGAUGCGUUGUUGGUCUCCAAUGAGAUGAGGAAAAACAGGAAACAAGCCCUGAGACUGUAA